AUGACAAUAUUGACACUGACACUGACGUUUGCGAACAUUCUUCCAUGCCCUACUAUUUCCUAUUUGUGGUUAGCAUGUUUUACAUUUUUGAAGACUGAGAACAAUUACAACAUUUGCAGGCUUUCAACGGUGAUUCCCGUCAAGAUGCCGUGUAUUGAAGAUAAAUCAUCCAUUAUAUCAACUUUGAGAUCUCUAAACUGUUGUGCAAGGUGUAUAGUGAGAUUUUUGGGAUACAAGGAUUUAGAGGAUAGUUCAGAACCCUUUCUACACCCCGAAGAAUUCAUUACAGAACCAAAUCCAGAGCCGUGCGAUCCUAAGAAGCCAAAAAGUAGUCCGUGCAGAUCUUGUUUGGGAAUAUUGGAAGAUCCUGUUAUAGAGAAGAUUGUAGCUGGUAUUUCACUGGAUGAAGCAAAUCAUUAUAAUGAAAAAAGUUUCACAGUGUUUGUUAGUCUUCCAAAAGUCUUAUUAUUGAGGGAUCACAGUAUGAGCUUGUAUUUGAAAGAGAAGUUUCCCGAAGUAUACAAACAACCGAACAGUUUUGAGGAUAUGAAAAAAGUGUUUCGUAUAUCGGCUGCGAAUUCUAUUGGAAAGCAGAUAAAUAAAACAUUCCAAGCUGGUUCUGAUUUGCAAUUAUUAGUUGAUAUUUCCUACCCUGAUGACGAGUUUGAAGUCGAAAAUCUUUCGAAGCUAUACAGUAAAAAUGUCAGCAGAUCUAAUAUAGGUGAUAUUCUUGAUAGAUGCGAUGAAGCAUCUUUUAGGAAACAUUUUGCUGUGCCGCCAGAAAGCCCUCAUAAAGAAGUAACUGCUAAGGUAUCAUUUUCGACAGUGUCUAUUUAUUUAGGUGGUAGAUACCUAAAAUUCUCGAGGGAUAUGGGACAGACACCGUGGGUUAUUAAUGGCAAAGUCAUGGCUGAACACUGCUUAUCAGAUAUAAUCUUCAAUAGCAUCUGCAAGGUGUUAGGAUAUGACAAGACUCAAGUGACAUUCUGUGCAAGCGGCAGAGAAGACGCAGACGUCAGGAUGUUGGGUAACGGAAGGCCAUUUUACAUUCAAGUUGACAAUCCAAAAAAUAGUCAUAUAUCAUUUGAAGACUGUCAUCGAAUUGAGGAAGAUAUAUUGAGCACCAAGCUGGCUGCAGUCGUAGGAUUGCAAAAAGUCGAUGCUAAUGACAUAAAAUGGAUCAAAACUGGCGAACAAGAAAAGAAGAAACAUUAUUCUGCCUUGUGCCACACGAAAUCUCCAGAUGUGAAAGCAGUAGUGGAUAAACUGAACAGCUACGCGUGUCCAUUUGAAUUGCACCAAAAGACCCCAUUGAGAGUAUUGCAUCGUAGAGCUCAGUCCACGAGAAGUAAAAUGAUCUACGAAAUGUCUGCCGCGGAAGUUGGCGAGCAUUUGUUUUAUUUGGACGUAGUGACAUCUGCGGGCACUUACGUGAAGGAGUUUGUUCAUGGCGACUUUAUGAGAACUGAACCUAAUGUGAUAUCUAUAACUGGAUUUGAUGCUGAUUUAAUUGCAUUAGAUGUUACAAAGAUUGAGUUGGAGUGGCCAUUGCAAAACCCAGCUAUGGCGCAAGCGCCUCGUUCCCGUAGCAUCUGGAUGCUGAUCAUAAAGAAUUUUGUGAACUCUCUGACGCCGCGCCAGUUCAAGGGUACUCACAUGGGCACUGACUACUUCGGAAACAAGUAUUACGAGAUAGCGGCAAAUGCAACGCUGGGAAGGCGCAGGCAAAGGUGGUUUGACCCACCUGUCAAAGAUGACUUCAUGCAAGAGAUGCCUGCAGAAUGGGAAGCAUGGUUAAGAGGCAGGAGGAAAGAACCUCCAAGUGAACAAGAGGUUUUGAAAAACUUGGCAAUCAUGCAAAUGAAGAAGAAGAAUGCUAUAGCUGUGGACGCGAAAGGUGGGGAAAUGACACCCAUGAAGAAAGGUGUCGAGACGUUUCCUAAGAGAAUUGAUUAUGAAACGGUACCUGGAAAACGUGACCAGUAACGUCAUGCUCGUGAUGACUUUGUAAAUAUAAUUUUCAUUGUUGGUGAUAUAGUUUAGUAGAAUACAUAGAAUACAGUCUAUUAAACUUUUUAUUUCAUUAAAAUCAAUUGUUUU